CUGCCCUCAAACGACAGUCGAAGCAAUCCGUCGUUUGUCCGUCCACAGUCCACGUCUUUUGCGGCGCGCCGUCUCCGCCGCCCAGUUUCUCCAACCCCCCAUCCGUGUGUCUGUCUGCGCGUCCCAGAGCCUGGCCUCCUCCGUCGUCUCGUCACGACGGACGGGACCAUACCCACCUGGAUCCGUCCACCCGCUACGUACGUACCGUACGUACCUGCUGUACGUGCGUGACCAGGUCUUCCAAAGAGCCGGCUGGGCCUGCCCGACGACGACGGACCGUCACUCAGUCAGUCAGACUUGUCGCCUCAACUCUACCUCGUACGUGGUACUGUACUGUACUGUACUGUAUGUACUAAGCUGCUGUUUCGCGGCGCCCUCCCCCGGAAAGGCGCGUGCCGUUGUCGUCCGCCUUCCUUCCCACCUUCAUAAGGUUACCGCUUGACACGGGCAGGUACCAAAGCAAAAGGCACAGACAGACAGACAGACAAACAGUGCUGCUGCUGCCCUUGUGCAGGUACUCCGUUACUCCAUUUCGGGCGCCAUUUUCUCGCCAGCCCGUCACGUCACACCCUCUCUCACCUUGACCGACGGCCCACCGUCUCUUCUUCUCACCCCCAUCUACUAUUCGCCCGCGUCAUCCUCCAUCCUCCCCGUCCAACCUCGUGACGACUCUGCCUCGCAGCAGAGCGCCGACGACCCAACUCACCACCUCGCAUCUUCCGAAACGACUCGACUCGCUGAUUCGCUCACCAGGAGCAGGAGCAGCAUCUCAUCCGUCACAGCUCCUGAGCGUGGCUGCAUCUCCCUAUUCGGCCAACUAGGCUCGAUUGCCGCCUUCUUGACGGGACCACGUCGUUGCCCCCUCCCUCCCUCGGCACUGCCGCCAUAUUCUCUCCCUUUCUAGGUGCCGGCGCUUUUUCCUCGACCUCCUCGAUCCCGUGCGGGCCGGUACCAGCACGGGGCACCGCACGUCGGUCGUUGCGUCCUUGGCUCGCUUACCUCAUGCCCUUGGCCUGUCCUGCGCAUGCGACACUCUGGCCUGCUCACCCGCCUGCUUGCGCACUUGCCUGCUCGCCUUGACGACUUGAACCGCUAGCCCUCUUGGCUGUCGCAUGCUAGGAUUAGCAGCUUUGGCAGUCGACAAAAGGAAAUCGCCUUUGCCAACACCUCGAGACGCGCCCGGAACCUCGACAGCAGCCGACGUACCGAAUCCGCCCACGACGCGUCCACCGACGCCGCCAGUCGUAUCCGCCGCCGAGUGCAACCGAACAGAGUCGCCCUGCGAGAUAUGGACAUGCAACGCUGAGCUCUGUACCACCAGCAGCAUCACCGUCAUCAGCAAGGGUGCCCGGGGAUGCGUGCAGCAGCAUGGCACCACGCCGCUCCAGCUAUCCUUUGCCCACGCCGAGCGAUGUCGCAGGCUCGCCAUUUCCAGUCCAGACUGCUGGAGCCGGCCCCGACGAAAGCAGCCUCGGUACUCCGCCCGCCAGGGCCAAGGGGCCGGCCGUCGCCAGUGUUGAUGCUCCUGCCGGCUCGUCCCGUUCGACCGCAUCACAACAGCAGCUAAACGAAUACCGGGAGAAGCUUGCGUGCGAUUUGGAGUUCCGUGAGAUGUCGGCUAGGGGAGUUUCCUUGACGCAGGCCGACAAACCCCGUGUGUCGCCCAUAUUGGAGGAGGCGGUGUCAAAUUCAUCGUUUCAUCUGGCUAUGCCGACCAAUGCAUCGACCGAGUCUGGGAACACGGUUCGAGGCGGCGUGACGCCAGGAAUCGCCGCGGGCACACCGUCAUAUCCGUUCCCGCGCAUGGGAGCCCCCAACACCGGCCCUCUCUUUCUCCAAAAGUCAUUGGCGUCACCGCUUCCCGGCUCUAGGCUCCCCAACUCGCUCGGCCCGGAGCAGCGUGGCGUGUUGGACAGGGUGCUUUCCGAGAACUCGACACCUGCCUCCAACUACACAUUCAACCCCUCUGGCGCCUCCCCACCAAUGGACAGCUUCGACUUUCCCGCCCCCAAUCUGUACGACUUGUCGCUGAUGCUCAGCGCAGAGCCCGGCCUGGACGCAUGGUGGAAUACAGUUGUUCAGAUCAUGCGAGAUGUAUACAAGGCUGAGCGCGUCACGUUGGCUGUUCCGGCGGACACCACCGACAUCGAGAACGUCCCCUGGGGCCAGAAGGCGACAUACAAUGAACACUACGAAGACGAGCUAAGCAUGGGCUACAUGGCCAAAGGAAGCAGCGCCAUGGCAAGCAGCGAGCGUGACGCUUCGUCCGACAACCUGCCUCCCUUGAACGCCAUGGUUGAGCCGGCCACGCCAGCUCGACCUGGCUUGCCCAGUCGACACUCAUACACGAGCUACGAGGAUAGCAAACAAAGAUCGCAGGACACGACACCAAGCACCAUGCGAAGGCCCGCUCAGCUGACACGGAGCAAGACACAUCUUCCCUCAGUUCGCCAGCCAAGUCGGGUCAGCGGGGGCUUUGUUAAGCUCAAUAAGGAUGCUCUGGACCAGCACGAUGCUUCGGACGAAGCCCAGCAAGUCCCUAGUUGGGAAACGCCGUUUGCGGCUCGGUAUGAAGGCCAGGGCCGGGUCUUGCCUGUCCUGCAGGCUUUGGAUUAUGAGGCGGACCCCCUUAUUGACCACGCCGGUGUGAUGAGGGUCCUCCAACGCGGGCGGCCUGUUGCGCUGACGAGGAGCUAUCCUUACCUCCCGCCCACCAACCCUACGGGCCAGGAGCAAGCAACGGAUGCGCAGCAGGGAUCGAAGACCAGCUCGGCUGACUCGACAAAGCGGCCUAGAAGACAGCGAUCCGAGUCCACAUCGAAGCUCUCUUCCAUGUUCUCGGGGCCCUCGCGAGCCAAGAGUAGCUCUGCAGAAAACGCCGCCACGAUCGCAUCGUGCUUAGAUGACCGCGAACCACGGCCCCCCACGCCGCGGUACGAGGAAUAUGAACAAGCUCCGCCGUCUCCCUGGUCACAAUCACCCGCCCCGUCUCCCGCCGUGCGUGCUGACCCGAAGGAGAAUCCUUUCUUCACCGACGCCAUGGUGGACGAAGACUCCUUCAAUCCCGGCUCGGCCCCAACUUCGUACUCGGGCAUGCGGCCUCCAGAAGCUAUCGGAAUCGACAAUUCGUUGACCGUACUGCAUAUACCCCUCACCCAUGUGCUGCUCUCUCGACCCACUCGGCCGUUCAAGCUCGAUGCCACGGCAAUGGAACAGCGAUCCCACACUCGCAACAGGGAGGGCGUGUCUGCUGAUCGGAACGAGCCGCCCGAGUCGGAGCGCCUGACCCCUGAUCAUUUGCGAAAGGACAAGCACGCCCCCAUCGCUAUCUUGUCUAUACUCAGCCCCAUCAUACCGUAUCCGUCCAAUCUACGGCAAUCUUUAGAACACCUUGCUCCGCAUAUGGCUACGUCCUUCUCCAUAUGCCGCCAUUACACGAAUCUGGAAACCGAGUUGGCGGGAAUUCAACGCCGUAGGCCAGCGACAGCGGGCUUCGGUGCCGUGACGCCAUUCCCGCGGCAUGUCAACAACGCUCCUUACUUGGCGCCUGGCGACGUCGCGCUGCAGCAGUCUCUCGGCGGCAGCAUAACGAGCCCAAGCGAUUACUCUGGAGUGUCCAAGAGCGCCACGGCCUCUCCGCUCGGGACUCCUGGCUGGGAGCAGGGAAGCCUCAACUUCCUCGUUGACAAGAGACAGCCCGCCGGCAGCCCUGCAGCCAUUGUCCCGGGGGCCGAGAGCUACUUCAGCAGCAAGCAAAGGCCCUCUUCUGCGAGACAGGAUACCUGGGGUCAAGGGGCCCAGAUCUCGCGGACGGGAUCCAAGGACAGCUCGCCUGGGGAAAAGAGACAACCCUUCUUCCUGGCUUCCAAGUCGAACGUGGACCGCCCCGUCGAAAAGACCACGCUAGAGGUCGAGGAAGUGUUGGGCCAGGCAAGGAGUCAACACGCCACUAGGAAUAGCUUCGUGUCGGCGGCGGAAUCCCUGAACGAUCACGCAGCGGCCAAAGGUGCCGACAAACUCGGCCAAUCGGCAAAAGGCGAACCGGCACACCCCUCACACGGCCAUACUGUUCUGCACAGCUAUGGCGCAGACUUUGCCUCUACCUUCCAGUCCCUCCCACCUAGCUCUAACCUCAACCGUCAGAUGCCGCAGACCCCAUCGGCGCCGCCGCGCAGUGGCUCUCUUACGGCACUGGGAGUGGACAUGCCGCCGCCUUCCGACAGGCUCAAGGGUCUAAUACUGGACUCGUUACCGGCUCAUGUCUUUGUGUCCCUACCGCAAACCGGAGAGACCGUCUGGGUGAAUAGCCGCUUUCUCUCAUACCGCGGCCAGACAGUCGCAGACUUGUCCGCCGACCCCUGGGGCAGCAUCCAUGCCGAUGAUCGCGAAGGGUACCUGAAGGCUUGGGGCCACUCGCUCAGGACGGGAGAGCAGUUCUCAAGGACGGUACGCAUCAAGCGAUUCGAUGGCGUGUACCGGUGGUUCUACGCAAGGGCUGUGGCAUCCAAAGACAAGAGGGGCGUCAUCAUGCAGUUCCUCGGCUCGUACAUGGAUAUCCAUGAUCAGCACAUUGCCGAGCUGAGGGCGGCUCGGCAAGAGGAGAUUGAGGCAUCGGAGGCGAAACAUCGCCUGCUGGCUAACCUUAUCCCUCAAAUCAUCUUCACCGCCACUGAAGAUGAAGGCAUUACCUUUGCCAACGAGCAGUGGCUUUCGUACACGGGCCAGAGCUUCGACGAUGCGAUGAACUUGGGCUUCAUGGACCACGUUCAUCCAGAGGACCUGGCUCGCUGUCGACUCCCGAAGGAGGGUCGCCGGAAGGAGUCCAAAGAAGGGGGAGCUCCCGAGCCUGGAAAAGGCAAGCCUGCUCACAAUCCCGGGUCUUCGAGCUCCUCUUCUACAUCAAGUCAAGUCUCCGAUCAAAAGUCGGCCGACAGGUCUGCCUCGCAUUACUCCCACGGGCUCAUAUCGCCUGCCGACCUGACCGAGUUGGCAAGGAGGGGCAUCAUCAAGGUCACAACCGACACGAGCGGCAGGCUCUCGUACACAACCGAGGUUCGAUUGCGCUCGAAGACGGGGGAGUACCGCUGGCACCUCAUUCGCUGCGUGGAAAUCGAUACCAUCGACUUCGGCCGCGGUGCCAGUUCAUACUUUGGCUCUGCCACCGAUAUCAAUGACCACAAGAUCCUCGAGACGAAACUCAAGGUGGCAAUGGAAUCCAAAGCUAGGUUCCUGAGCAACAUGUCCCAUGAGAUCAGGACCCCACUCAUCGGCAUCUCGGGAAUGGUAAGCUUCCUUCAGGACACAACGUUGGAUGAGGAACAACGCGACUACACCAACACCAUUCAAACCAGCGCAAACAGUCUGAUCAUGAUCAUCAACGACAUCUUGGACCUCUCCAAAGUCGAUGCCGGGAUGAUGAAGCUCAAGUUUGAGUGGUUCCAUACGCGGUCUCUGAUUGAGGAUGUCAACGAACUUGUGUCUACCAUGGCAAUUGCGAAGCGUCUCGAGCUCAACUAUCUCGUGGACGCGGACGUGCCCGCGUGGGUCAAGGGAGAUAAGGUCCGCAUCCGGCAGGUGUUGCUCAACGUCAUUGGCAACGCCAUCAAGUUCACUACAGAAGGCGAGGUGUUUAGUCGAUGCCGGGUGUGCACCGGGGGCUCUGCCAAACAUGGCGAGAACGAGAUUAUGCUUCAGUUUGCCAUCACCGACACCGGACGCGGGUUUUCCAAGGAAGAGGCAGAGCUGAUUUUCAAGCCGUUCAGCCAAAUAGAUGGCAGCAGCACACGACAGCAUGGCGGCAGCGGGCUUGGUCUUGUCAUCUCUCGGCAGCUUGUUGAACUCCACGGUGGCAAGAUGGAGGGGAGUGCAGAGCUGGGUAAAGGAUCCACGUUCACGUUCACAGCCAAGUUUGCGCUCCCCACGUCCGAAGACCACCCCGACCAGAUGCCGAGCAGUUCCACCGCAAGCCGACAAGGCUCGUCAGAAAGCGUGGCUCGAUCAAAGAAGCAGGCUCCAUCAGUUCAACAAGUGCAGAGCGGUACAGGAAAGCCGCAUGGCGCCGCCGAGAUCGAGCCGUCGGCCGUGGGUGCGACUUCCGCCGGUAGUUCCGGUGCGUCUGUCUACUCGGGCCGGACACACGUCACGGACGCCUCAUCCAUCACGACAGCAAGCACGGGGUUGGCCCGAUUCAGCGAGGCAGCCAAGGCCAGUGGGCAAGAUCUCUCUCAGAUGCAACUCGAGAUGCGUUUCGACAAGGGGUCGCCAGGUCGCACCGCGACUCCUGACAGCACCCUGCAACCCUCGCCUGAUCUCAGACCACCCAUGUAUUCCAUACUCAUCAUCUGCCCGCAGUAUCACAGCCGGGAGGCAACGACGCAGCACAUUGAGAUGACACUUCCCAAAGACGUGCCGCAUCAGAUCACGGCGUUGGGGACGGUCGACGAGGCGCAGCAGUUCAUCGGCGGUGACGACCCCAUCAAGUUUACUCACAUUGUGCUGAACCUCCCGUUGGCGGAGACCAUCAUCAACGUGAUGGAGCAGAUCAUCAAGUCUCAGAAACUCGACAGGACCACCAUCGUCAUCCUCUCCGACUCUGUGCAGCGCCAGGCUGUGCUGAGGCAAGCCGCAGACACGCCGCAUCAGCGUCUCUUCACGGACAAUUCGGUAACCUUUAUCUACAAGCCGGUCAAGCCGUCGCGCUUUGCGGUCAUAUUUGAUCCGGAUAAAGUACGGGACCUCAGUACGGAUCGGAAUCGGUCUACUGCGCAACAGAUGGUGGAGAACCAGAAGGCCAGUUAUCAAGAGAUCGAACGGCGCAUGGGCAACAAGGGAUACAGAGUCUUGCUGGUCGAGGACAACCCGGUCAACCAGAAGGUCUUGAUCAAGUACCUGAAGAAGAUCGGCGUGGACGUCGACGUUGCCGUGGACGGCGUCGAGUGUACCGACAAGGUCCUGUCGAUGCCCCACAACCACUACUCCUUGAUCUUGUGUGACCUACACAUGCCGCGCAAAGAUGGGUACCAGGCGUGCCGUGAGAUAAGGCAAUGGGAAGAGGCGAGCCAGUUGCCAAAGAUCCCUAUCAUUGCCUUGUCUGCAAAUGUCAUGUCUGACGUGCAGGACAAAUGCAUAGGCGCCGGUUUCAGCGACUAUGUCACGAAACCAGUCGACUUUAUUGACUUGAGCAGAGCCAUGGCCAAGUUUUUCUAAAGGGGGAGGGGCGAGUCGACGCCUCAGCAUCCUUCAGUUCCGCCGCCUUCUUACUGCGCAGAGUAGACAACACUGGCCAGAAGGCGGCUAUACAAACUAUUAAUACCUGUUCGGCUCUUCCAGCGCCUAUCUGCCUGGUGGCAACGGCUUGUGACAUUCAGCUGGAAGCUAGCUAAGCCUAGGAAUGGCGGAAAGCGAAGUCUCGUUUACACCUGCAUACAGCACGGAGACACGGGGGUUUACAGAUUUUGGCUUUGUGCUAUUCAACCUUGAACGCUUUACUGUUCUUCUUCUCCGCGAUGGAAUGCUCUCCCGUUCCUGCCAUGCGUUUAGCCUCAAGGCGUGGGGGUUUGUUCUGCGCUUCUUGCCUUUUCUGAUCAAUGAUUGUUUCCCAGGCAGGGAGGAGGGUCGACUGGAUCUUGCUCUUCCUCCUGUCUACCGUUCUUCUUUUUCUUCUUCUUCUCGUUUUGCCCCUCUUCUCAUUGUGCAUUGCGCCGCGGGAGGUUUGAGCGAUGGAAGAGGGCCGAGGGGCCGGGCACACACCGGUGGCAAGGGGGAACAGAGACGACGGACGCACCUGACGCGGCUCAUUGGAGCCGCUGUCUGCCUGUCCGUUUACCUUAACUUGUCUGUCCCCGCGGCGAAGCUACCCUUCCGCUUGCUGGAUGAUGGGAGGGAGGGGAGUAGAUGGCCGGAUGGACGGCAACGGGCCACAAGGGGAGCGGGGGAUGGAGGGAGAAACCACUGGGAAGGUUCUCAUCAAAUUUUUUAUUUUUACUCCUCCUCUUUUUUGGGUCAUGUAUAGAUAGAGUCGAGGUAAACGACAACAAACAACACGCUACGCCCAACCCCCCUCAGCGGGAACGGGCCGGGAAAGGCAAAGGAGGAGAGCUGCAGGGACGGAUGCAAUGAUGAAUGAGCAUGGGGCUGCUGCUGCUGCUGCUGCAUUUGGUUGUCGGUGUGCAUUUCGUGGUGCCUAGCUGUGACGACGGAUGGACGGAUGCCCCUCCCGCCUUCGCGCGCGUGUCUGUGUGUGUACG